AUGGAUACACCCGAAUGUGAAUGGAAUCUCGGGGGCUCACCACCUGAUUGCAAGAAUGGAAUGUACCAGAGAAUCCAUCUUCCGGAGCCACGAGGAGGAAAAAUUCCGACAGAGAUCUCACUUUUAUCAUCACUGACAUCUCUUGAUCUUUCUGCGUCACUGACACCUCUUGAGCUUUCUGCCCUUGAUAGAAGAUUUGCACCGCUCAUUGGUACGAUUCCAGAAGAGAUCUCUUUCCUAACCCUACUUUCAGAACUUUCCCUCGCAAACAAUUCUCUGCGAGGAGCAGUGCCCACAGAGCUUUCUGCCCUGACCAAGCUCACCAAACUUCGGCUCGAAAACAAUCUGUUGACAGCACUACCUCUUGAGUUUGGAAAAUUUUCACACCUUGUUGAAAUGCAAGUAAGUCAAAACAACAUUGUCGGUACUGUUCCAAAUGAACUUUGUCAACUUGCAAUCACUGGGUCCUUGGAGAGACUUUGUGUGGACUGCUAUCGGUUUGAAUGCAUUUGCUGUUCCUGCUGUCGUGACACCCUUCUCGCACUGUUUGAUUCAAGAAGUCCUGAUUAUCGGAUGAUUGAAUCGGCCUAUGCCUAUCUACCAGUCCGAAUAGCUGCAGCAAAUCCUCAAGCAUUUGACUGGUGGACACAACCUGCUGAACGACAAUCCACUUACUCUCACGAUGCUCGAUUCGGCCGUUUCGCCCUAGCCAGCAUAUACUUUGCCACUGGGGGAGAAAAUUGGACCAAUACAGGCAACCAUCGAUGGCUCUCCCAUGAGUCUGCUUGUACUUGGGAGAACUACGAAUGCAAUGCAGUUCACCACACUGCUGGUCUCACCCUGGCAUAUAGUAAUCUGGUGGGAACAUUACCCUCAGAGGGGCUCCUUUACCUUCCAAACAUGGCCACUGUUCAUUUGCAAGCAAAUCAACUUUAUGGCAUCCUUCCAUCUGAGUUUGCCAUGAUGGAGAAGAUGACUUCACUGAGGUUACAACAGAAUCAAUUUUCCGGUACCAUUCCAGAUGAGCUUUUUGCUUUUGCAUCCACAAAUGAAGCAGCACAGCUCGGGGAACUUCAGGAGCUAUACUUGGACCACAACAGGCUAAGUGGCACCAUUCCAAACCUGUCUUCGUUUAGGAGUGAAGAACCCAACGAAGCUUCAGAAGAAGCAUUGUUACUUUUUGCCGAACGGCCUUUUGAAAGGCUCAUCAGCAUCAAGGAGCUAAGGCUUGACAAUAAUCAGCUGUCGGGCCCUAUCCCUACAUUCUUUGGAAAGUUUGUGAAUUUGGAGAUCUUGACCUUGCACAACAAUUCGCUGAGUGGACAUGUCCCUUUCGAAGUCUGUGGUCUGUUUGUCAUUGGAUCCCUCAAGAAGUUGACCAUUGAUUGUGAUUUGGUGCAAUGCGACUGCCAGUGUGAAUGUAUCUCAGCCUACAGCAGUGCAGGAGAUGGUGCUAGUGGCAACUUCUCCAAUACUUAA